GGACAAUGUCACGUGUUUUGUGGACAUUGUGGGUUUUGGGGGCUGUAACCAACCUCUCCAAGGAAGAGGCCCCUGACCAGUCUUCUUCUCUGUCCUGUGACCCCACUGGUGUCUGCGAUGGCCGCUCCAGAUCUUUGAACUCCAUGCCCUCAGGGCUCACAGCAGCUGUGAGAAGCCUUGACCUCUCCAACAAUGAGAUCACCUACAUUGGCAACAGUGACCUUCGGGAUUGUGUGAACCUCAAGGCUCUGAGGCUGGAGUCUAAUGGAAUUAACACAAUAGAGGAAGAAUCUUUUUUUUCCCUGUGGAGUCUUGAACAUUUGGACUUAUCUUAUAACCUCUUAUCUAACUUAUCAUCCUCCUGGUUCAGGCCCCUUUCUUCAUUGAAGUUCUUAAACCUACUGGGAAAUCCUUACAAAUCACUUGGGGAAACACCUCUUUUUUCUCAGCUCACAAAUCUAAGAAUUCUGAAAGUAGGAAAUAUCUACAGCUUCACUGAGAUUCAGGAUAAGGAUUUUGCUGGGCUAACCUUUCUUGAGGAACUGGAGAUCGAUGCUUCAAAUCUCCAGAGGUAUGAGCCAAAGAGUUUGAAAUCGAUUCAGAACAUCAGCUAUCUGGCCCUCCGUAUGAAGCAGCCUGUUUUACUGGUGGAGAUUUUUGUAGAUCUUUCCAGUUCCUUGAAACAUUUAGAACUGAGAGAUACUCAUUUGGACACUUUCCACUUUUCAGAGGCAUCCAUCAAUGAAACACAUACGUUGGUUAAAAAGUGGACAUUUAGAAAUGUGAAAGUCACCGAUAGAAGUUUUACUGAGGUUGUGAGACUGUUGAAUUAUGUUUCUGGAGUGUUAGAAGUAGAGUUUGAGGACUGUACCCUUUAUGGGCUCGGUGAUUUUGACAUACCUGAUGUGGACAAAAUUAAAAAUAUAGGUCAGAUAGAGACACUAACAGUACGGAGGUUGCAUAUUCCACACUUUUACUCAUUUUACGAUAUGAGUAGUAUAUAUUCACUUACAGAAGAUGUUAAAAGAAUCACAGUAGAAAGCAGUAAGGUCUUUCUGGUUCCUUGCUCACUUUCACAACAUUUAAAAUCCCUAGAAUAUUUGGAUCUCAGCGACAAUUUAAUGGUUGAAGAAUACUUGAGAAACUCAGCCUGUCAGCAUGCUUGGCCCCUCCUGCAAACCUUAAUUUUAAGGCAAAAUCGUUUGAAAUCCUUAGAGAAAACUGGAGAAACUUUGCUUACUUUGAAAAACCUGGUGAACCUUGAUAUUAGUAAGAAUAAUUAUCUUUCUAUGCCUGAAACUUGUCAGUGGCCAGAAAAGCUGAAAUGUUUGAACUUAUCCGACACAAGAAUGCAAAGUAUAACCCGUUGCAUCCCUCAGACACUGGAAAUUUUAGAUGUUAGCAAUAAUAAUCUCGAGUCAUUUUCCCUGAUUUUGCCACAACUUAAAGAACUUUCUAUUUCCAGAAAUAAGUUGAAGACUCUACCAGAUGCCUCCUUCUUACCCACCUUACAAAUUAUGAGAAUCAGCAGAAACACAAUAAACGCUUUCUCGAAGGAGCAACUGGAUUCCUUUCACAGGCUGCAGACCCUGGAGGCCGGUGGCAACAACUUCCUUUGCUCCUGUGAAUUCCUGUCUUUCACUCAGGAGCAGCAGGCCCUGGCCGGGCUCCUGGUCGGCUGGCCAGAGGACUACCUGUGCCACUCCCCCUCCUACGUGCGGGGCCAGCGGGUUGGGACCGCCCGGCUCCCGGCUUCUGAGUGCCACCGGACAGCUCUGGUGGCCGCCGUGUGCUGUGUCUUGCUCCUGCUGGUCCUGCUCACGGCGGGGGCGUGCCACCAUUUCCACGGGCUGUGGUACCUGAGAAUGCUGUGGGCCUGGCUCCAGGCCAAAAGGAAGCCCAGGAAAGCCCCCUCCAGGGACGUCUGUUAUGACGCCUUUGUGUCUUACAGUGAGCAUGAUUCCUACUGGGUGGAGAACCUUCUGGUCCAGAAGCUGGAGCACUUCAAUCCCCCGUUCAAGUUGUGCCUUCACAAGCGGGACUUUAUUCCCGGCAAGUGGAUUAUUGACAAUAUCAUUGACUCCAUCGAGAAGAGCCACAAAACCAUCUUUGUGCUUUCUGAAAACUUCGUGAAGAGCGAGUGGUGCAAGUACGAGCUGGACUUCUCCCAUUUUCGCCUCUUUGAUGAGAACAACGAUGCUGCCAUCCUCAUUCUUCUGGAGCCCAUUGAGAAAAAGGCCAUCCCCCAGCGAUUCUGUAAGCUGCGGAAGAUAAUGAACACCAAGACGUACCUGGAGUGGCCCACCGAUGAUGCUCAGCAGGAAGGGUUUUGGUUAAAUUUGAGAACAGCAAUAAAAUCCUAGAUUC